GCACAGUAUGCACAUAUGACAAUAAGAGACUGAUCUAUUGCAAUCGUAAAUAUCAAUGGGACGAUUCAAGUAAACAAUACUAAAUGAAUUUAUUUCGAUAUUUUGUUUAGAAAAUAAAAGCAUAUUCAUUUAAAUUUAAUAAAUAAAACGUUUUUUUUUGUAUUUUUAUUUUGUUCUUACAGAACUGUUAGAGAAUACUUAAUUACUGAAAGUGAUUCAAUCCACUACUACUCAAUGGAUACGCCUAAUAAAAAUGACAAAUUACUUUUAAAAAAUGAACUACCAAAUGUUAAGCAAAAAAUUUAUCAGUUUAACAAAAUUGCUUAUAAUUAUAUGUUUAAAUCACGCAGUAAUAUUCCAAUAAUUAAGUUGAAUAAUAAUGAAUUUCCUUGGACAAAUGAACAAUUCUAUUUGAGACCAGUGAAUAAAACACUUAAUCUUUGGAAUUCUAAUGAACAACUAAAUUCAAAGUCAGUUGCUAUGCCAGAUAUAACCACCUUCUCAAGCAUUAACAAACAGCACAAUCAUGAAAGAUUUAUUGAUUACAAUUAUGAUUCACUUUCAGUUAAAGGCAUAUACAAACAUAUAAACCAUAAACCUAACCAACUAAAAAAUACUUUAUCAACAGAUAAACAAUAUAAAUAUCACAAAACUAAACGUGAACACUCAUUUAUAAUUUCUAAUUAUCUAAAUGAAUCAAAUAAAGAUUCUUCUCAAACUGAACAAAAUCAGCUACUGAUUAGGAGAAAAUUAGAAAAUAAGAAACAAGACAACGACAGCAACAACAAUGUAACUGUAGAUGAGUUUAUAAAUAAUAAUAUAACGCAAAAUGUUAACCUCUUGUCUGAACAGUUCACGCUAUACGUUUAUAGAAAUUCUAAUCAAAAUUUAGGAUUUUCAGUAUCACGUUUGACUUCAUUAUUCGACGAAACUUGGAAUUAUUACAUAGUCAUCAGUGAUAUUCAACUUUCCAAUAAAAACAGUCGUUUACAAAUUGGGGACUGUAUUUUAUCAGUAAAUGGAAUAAAUUUAAUUAACAUGGAUUUAAUGAAAUCAGUUCGAUUAUUAAAAUCAACACCAUUUCCAAUUCAAUUAAAAAUACAAAGGUUAAAUAAAAUUAAUUUGUUAACUGAUAUUAACUGUGAAGAAGAUUUUCUGUCAGUCGAUACAGAUGCAGAUGAAGAAGCUGAAAUGAUGACGAAGAUUAUUGACAUGGCACAAAAUUAUACUUCUACUAAGUGCACAAAAAUCAACGAACAACUUGACCUGGAGGCUAUUCAAAAUAUAAAUCUAUGUAAAGUUGAAUUAACUAAAACUAAUAACAAUAUAAUAAAUGAUAGAAUAACAAAAACUAUAAUACAAAGUCAAUCUGUUAAAUUAUUACGACAAAAAGUUAUCAAAUGGUUACAUAUUCAUCAAAUAUUUAUUGAAUCAAAUAAAAAUAAUUUAAAACAAAUCGAUAAAGAUCAAUACAAAUAUUCAGAAAUUAUUUCUAAGGCAAUUAAUAAAAUUAUGAAUGAAGAUGAUCAGAUUUUAUUGGAUGAUGUUGAUAUUGAUGACGAUGAAACUGAAGUUACAAUGAAUAAUACAAAUGAAAUAAUAAGGAAAGAUGAUGGAGUUAUAAGUGAGUUAAAAUAUUUUUUAUUAAAUAGAUUGCAUUAUAAAAGAGACUGA